CUGUCGUAUAUUUCGUUAUUUUUGUUUUAUUUAGUUCUGUAUUAAUAACUUAAAUUACUGGACUAAUUAUAUUUAAUGUUAUAAAAUGAUGCAGAUUGACACGAACUCAACUCUCCAUUUCCGCGUUAACAUUUGUUCUUUCCCAAGUAAGAUGGCGUCAAAUGAAUCUUUUAGAACAAUGAACUCGUGAAGUGGCCGUUACUAUGGUAACCAUUUCUAGCGGAAACCAUAGACAGUCACAACGGGGCAGUAUGGGAUAGCUUUGGCGGAAUGGGAUAACAGCGGGACCAUGGCUUCUCCGAGUCCUAUUUGGAAAGAGGUGCAUUCCUUCAGCGGCCCGAUCCCGCGUUCCCGACACGGACAUAGAGCAGUGGCUAUCCGAGAGCUCCUCAUUGUCUUCGGCGGGGGAAAUGAAGGAAUCGCGGAGGAACUUCACGUUUACAAUACUGUCUCAAAGCAGUGGUUUCUGCCAGCUGUGCGUGGAGACAUUCCUCCUGGUUGUGCUGCCCAUGGAUUUGUGUGUGAAGGCACUAGGAUCCUUGUAUUUGGUGGAAUGAUGGAGUAUGGAAAAUACAGUAACCACCUUUAUGAGUUACAGGCAAGUCGAUGGCUAUGGAAAAAGCUGAAGCCUAAACCUCCAAGGAAUGGUGAAGCUCCCUGUCCUCGUCUGGGCCACAGCUUCACUUUGUUUGGGAACAAGUGCUAUUUGUUUGGAGGGCUGGCAAAUGACAGUGAAGAUCCCAACAAUAAUAUACCAAGGUACUUAAAUGAUUUUUAUGAACUGGAGUUACAAGCUGGGACAGGGGUGAAAGGCUGGAAUAUUCCAGAAACUAAAGGACCUAUGCCUUCAGCACGGGAAUCACAUGCAGUUGUGAUCUACAGCAGGAAAGGAUCUUAUUCCCCGAAGCUUUUUUUGUUUGGGGGUAUGCGAGGAUAUAGGUUGGGAGACCUAUGGCAACUGGAUCUAGACACAAUGACCUGGACAGUGCCUGAAGCAAAAGGACCCAUACCCCUCCCCAGGAGUCUCCACUCGUCUAACAUAAUUGGAAAUAAGAUGUAUGUUUUUGGAGGAUGGAUUCCAGUUGUAAGGAGUGAAGUUAAAACAAACCAGUAUGAAAGCGAGUGGUCAUGCACCAAUUCCCUGUUUCUCCUGAAUCUAGAUAGCAUGGUGUGGAGUUGCCUAGAGCCAGAAAUGCAAGAAGAUGGAAAGAAGAGUGGUCCAAGGCCUAGAGCUGGUCACUGUGCUGCAACCAUUGGCUCACGACUUUAUAUUUGGAGUGGAAGGGACGGGUAUCGGAAAGCUUGGAAUUAUCAAGUGUGCUGUAAGGACCUGUGGUACUUGGAGACUGGAAAACCUACAACUCCUUUACCUGUACAUUUAGUGAAAGCAACUCUUAAUUCACUUCAUGUGGCCUGGCACCCAUUGACUGCUGCAGACUCUUACUUACUUCAGAUUCAGCCGGUCUUCCCAUUACCUACCUCAGCACCAUUUACUUUAUUAAAUCAUUCCACUGAAAUGCCAAGAAAAGAGGGUUGCCCUGAAGAAGGAGUUACACUGCCAAGGCUCUCAUCCAUAACAAAUCACUCAAGCACGAACCAGAAUGAAAAUGUGGGCAUUGCAGCCAUCACAUAUAGCUUCAGUCCUUUAAUGUCCCAGCAUCCUGUGGAUAAUUUGAAGGUACCUCUAUCAGGCUCUUCAGAUAGUGAACUUGAGUUUGGAACUAAUACUUCAGGAAAUGCUGUUGACCACAUGAACCUGUGUCAUACAACAGAACAGCUUUGUACUUCAGGCAAUAAUAACAAUACUUCUGUGUCAUUGGUUAAAACUGAGGAUGAACCACUAUCCAGGGCAGUUUCUCAUACUGCAGCUGAUGAUUUAAAGAAGGAAGAUCAGCCAUGGUAUGAUGUGGGACUCUUUAAAACCCUUUUCUCAGAUGUGACGCAUUAUUGCCUUCCAGCAGUAGACAGACAACUCAAUGUUGAGAUGGUUGGUGCACAGGAUUUUGAAAGUAGAGCAAAGCAAGCUCUGUCUCCAGGUGCUACAUACAGGUUCAGGGUCGCAGGAAUAAAUAGCUGUGGGAAAGGACCUUUUAGUCAAACCAGUGAAUACAAAACAUGUCAGCCUGGAUUUCCUGGGGCACCUUCAGCUGUCAAGAUUACCAAGGCUGCAGAAAGCAUUCAUAUUACCUGGGAGCCUCCGUCCUCCCCUUCAGGCAGAAUCCUGGAGUAUUCCCUUUAUCUGGCAGUAAAGAAAGGUCGUUCCAACACAAGUGGGAAUUCCAACCCGCUAGCCUUCAUCCGCCUUUACAGGGGUGUGAAAACGUACUGUACUGUAACGGCUAACCAGCUGGCCAAUGCACAUAUUGACUAUACCUCCAGGCCUGCUGUAGUCUUCCGUAUUGCUGCCAAGAAUGAACAGGGUUAUGGGCCAGCCACCCAAAUAAGAUGGUUACAAGAACCAUCUAAAACAAAAUCAGCACAUCCAUUACAGGCCGGUGAUACUGGUAAACAGGUUCAUCAGCAGACUGUAAGUUGAUGUAAAGAUCUGUCUCAAUUCUGGGUUCCUCCAGGCUGUACAAAACAAUUUUCAGCACAUGGGCAUUGAAGAUCAGCCUGAAGCGGGAAGAAACAAACUGACAUUUACAAUUAUGUUGGAAACGUGAAAAAAGAAAAUCACAUACUAAUUACUGUCUAUUACAAUUCAAAAUAGUACUUUCCACUGUUUUCUAAUUUGAUGUAUGUGGCUUUUUCAAUUACUUUGUACAGAAAUGAAUAUGUAUAUUUAUCAAGCCCGGAUCACUAUAUUUAAGUGUGUUAUAAUCAUUCUAAUAUAUGCACAGUGUAUCUCUGUUGUUGUCUUUAAUCCGAAGGGGAAAUGUGUCCCACCACUGAGGUCUCCUUCUGUCGUUCUAUUCUACUGAACGGACAUCAGAAAUUUGUAUGUUUAGGAUUUGUAUUUAGCUCAAGAAAAGUCUGGUGACUUGUACAGUGGGUCCAGUUUGUGUCUGUGAAUGUGAAAUGUAACUCUGCACCUUUUUAUAGUACAUUUGUACAGUAUUUUAAAUGUUGCAUUUCAGGGUGUUGCUCCAGUUGUUUUCUAAUUUAUACAUUAUUUUUCUCAUAGUGUAAAAUCUAAUCAGGUGGAGCUCACAUGAAUAAAAGGUUACUUCAGAUAUCAAACAGAAGGAUGCUGUCCAUUUAACCAUUCUGUACUGCAACCGAAAAUGGACUUGUAUCCAUGUACAGUUUGGUACACAUUUUGUCUCCACGUGUGACGCGCAGGACGGUUUCAAUGCCCGCCCUACGUGUAGGUCAAUUAGAGAAUAAAUAAGAAGCGACACUUGGUCUUCCAUCACCUCUUUGACCACUCAGGCAGUGGAGCCGCGGCAUGCCUGUGAGCUCUGUGACGGGGGUCUCUGAUAUCAGGUACUACUCGGCCCUCAUUAAAACUCAAGGUCAUUUAUUCAUACGCCAUUGAGAAUUUUCAGGUUUUGUUCCUUUGUAAAUGAUUAGAGGCAAGUGCAAUUUUUUUUUUUUUUACUUAAUAAUUUAUUGUAUUUUUGUGAAGUAGACUAGUCUCCGUUUAAACACAUCCACUUGCCAAUAACCGUUUUCUAAUGCAGAAAAAAAGUUGAAUGUAUUUUACACUAAAAAAAGUUUUCUCUAAUAUUUUUUAUUCCAGUUAAUUGACUUCUUCCUUUCAGGCAGAGAUGAUAAUGUUCAAAGAUUGAACUGCCAAGCUGUGUUUACAUUAAUCUGACAUGUUUUUAUUUACACGUAUAUUAUCUUUUUUGAUAAUUAUGCAGCAAUUUCAAAACAGUUUUUUCAACUUUCAUGUGCCUAAAAGGCAAGCAUUGAUUUUUUUUUUAUUCUUGUAUUGAUACUGUAAUAAAUGAUCACAAUUUCAGAGACUGUC